AUACCUUUUGUAUGAACAAAAAGGCACACAUGCCGAGAUACAGCAUUGUACUGGUUGUAGUUUAACAACUUUGAUUAGGUUGUUUAAUCGAGUUUUUUUCUUCAACACGAUCGGGUGGUUCCGGCUUGGAAUUAUGUACCCAAGUCAAGUGAAUAAAAACAACUAAAUUAACCGGCUGUCGAAUCACCCCUUGUUGAAAUAUUUUUAUCUAUCGAUUUUCUAUUGUAUCUUAUCUUAUCUGUGAUAGCUGGCUUAUUUUUUCUGUGGUAGAUCCCCCUUUUCCGUACUUUUUCUAUUUGCACUGCAGAUAAAAGUUGCAAAUUAUUAUUUUAUUAUCGAGUGAAAAUUUAAGUGAAUAUCUAUAUUUUUUUCAAUCAUGUUUUGGAAAAAAUCCAAGGACAAAGACAAAUCGAAAAACACUACAACUACUAUCUAUCGAACUGAUGGUGGUUUUCAAACGUCUUCGGGAAGUGCAAUAACUUCUUUCGAAUCGAAAUAUAAAUCUACGGCGAAUUCGUCAUCGACCAAGACGAAAAUAACAAUUUCUUCGUCACAAACAAUUUCACAGAAACAAGAGUUUUCUUCGCAAAUAACUCGAACUUUGCGAGAACUUGAACCUAAAUCAGGCGGUAGUGCACUUUCUCUUAUGGAUUCGUCGUCAAAGUGGGGGGCGGGAGCUGGAGCUGUAUCAAAACAAAAAGCAAUUCUACCACCUCGACAGAAGACAGAACCAUCUAUUGUUCGACGAAUAGAUGCGACACCGUUUAGUUCAAAAUAUGAGUCACCUUAUCGAAAUGCUAACUUACCCACUUUAAGAACACCAUUAUUGCCUGCUGGAUCGUCGAGCAGUGUCACAACUGUCACAACAACUUAUCAGUCUCCAUAUAGGGCAACAAGUGUUACAUCGUCGAUGAGAGAGAAAAAGACUUCUUCUUCUUCGUCACCAUUUGGUCCAGCUAAAAGUAUUAAUACAACUUCGAAAGGACUUUUUUCAUCGUCUCCAAAAACAAAAACCACAUCGACAAUAUGGAAUCCAAUGUCAUCAAUUGAAAAUGCCAAACCUACUUCGAAUCCAACUUGGAAUAAGGUUAGCAUAUUGACACCGAAAUCGUCAAAUACAUCAUCAUCGCCGGGACCAAUGACAUUCACGGCGAAACCGACAUCUUCAUAUCCUGUGUCAUUUACUAGUAACCCUCAACCACAGCCGAGUACCUCUUUGUUGAAAACUUCAGUACUGCCAUCACUAACCCAGACUACCUCAGCGCCAUCUGUGGUGAAAAAGAAACAAUCACCUGGAGUAGUUCAUAUAUUCCAUAAUGAUAAAUUUGACAGUCCGGAUAAGGAAUUUCGUAUUGGAAGCAUUGAAGAUGUUCGACUUUUGAAGAAAACCUUUCAGGCCUUCAAAAUGCAGGUGAAUCUUUAUGAAAAUCUAACAGUGAAGCAGGUGGAAGAUAAAGUUCGAAAAAUUGAACUCAAGGACUAUGCAAAUGCUUCUUGUAUUGUUGUUGUAAUACUCACCCAUGGUACACGAUAUGAGACUGUUGCUGCCAAAGAUGGCAGCUAUUCAAUAGAUGACACAGUUCUAUUUCCUAUUUUAAGAAAUCGUUCACUUCGAUCAAAGCCAAAGCUUCUAUUCAUACAAGCUUGCAAGGGUUCAAUGGAGCCCGGAAAAUUCCACAAAGAUGCUAUACAACCAAAUGGUACUCCAGAUGAAAUAUUAAAAUGCUAUAGUACAUUUGAAGGAUAUGUUGCCUAUCGAACUGAAAAGGGUUCACUUUUUAUUCAAUCGCUUUGUGAACUAUUGCAGACGCAUGGAAAAACGAAAAACAUCAAGGACAUUAUGGACAUGGUGAUAAGAAAUGUUAAAAUUAAAUCGGGGAGUGUUCAGAUACCGUCAUAUGAAACAACCUUAACAGAACCGUAUGUUUUUGGAGACUUUAUAUGAAAAGCUAUGAUUAAAAAAUUUAUAAAAAGCAGUUCCUGUGAUUAAGAAGAAAAAAAAAAUAUAAUAAAGAUCUAAUAAAAUAAAUUGUACUAUUUUGAUUAAACAAAAUU